AUGAAUCUGAGCUGUAUGCUGACAAACUCCAACGUAUUCUUCCAAGCUUAGCAUACUGCAGAUUAGAAUCUGAAUUUGACCCAGCAGAAUUAAACAAAUUGCCUGGAGUGAACAAAAUUUUCAGAGUGUUUCAGAUGAUAAUACAAUAUUUACUUCGUUGCCAGGAUGAAUUGAGUAAGAUUGAGGUUGAGUACAAGGAGAAGGAUCUAAUCUCCACCAGGGACCUGGAGCUGGCCAGGGGGGAGAGGGAUAGGUUCAAGACGGAGAAUAAGUUACUGAGAAGAGAAAUCAAAAAUAGCAGAAGAGUUUUUGCCGAACAGCAGGGACCUUUCCUGAAAGGGACUCCUCCUGGCCUUUUACAAAAGUGUCUGUUCUGUUCUAAAAGCUUCUUGAAUCCUAGUUUUCUUGUUUCUCACCUCAACAGAAGGCACAGUUCUCAGAUGAUGGGAGAGCAUAUUACUGAAAUUCAAUGGAGAGAUUUUUUAACCUUUGCAUCUAAAAAAGAAGCCUCCCGGAGCAUCACGAAUUUACAAAAUGAUAUCUACAAUCAGAUUGGGCAAACAUUUCAACACACCAGAGAAUCUGAACUCCAGCGAGAAGUGUCAGAUCUCAAGAAUGAGAUAAACUCCUUGAAAAGCAGACUCAUUGUGAGGACGGAAACAUUUUCUCGUGAGGACACUCGAGGACUGGAGGGGAAACUGGAGGCUCAGGAGAGGUUCUGGAGAGGACGAAUGAAGGAAUACCAAGACAGCUUAGAGAAAGAGAGGAUGGAGAACAAGGAGAGUUUGGAACAGCUGAGAUUAGAAAUUGCAGAGGAACGUGGCAAACUCGCCCGACAAGCUAAGCGAAGACGAAAAUUAAAGAAGAGGAAAAAAGAAUUUGAAAACCAACAUGACCCUAAAAUUAUCCAACCUCCUGCUGAUGAUUCUGUAACUGAAGAGAACCUGGAGAAACUUGAUCCAACCCUACUCAAGGCUGACACAGAGAAGAGGAAAGAAAGAGCAAAGAACAAAAAGCAAAAUCUCAAGAAUUCAACUCAUCAUGAAAAUAAAGAUAGUGUUAAAACCGGCAAUAUCAGUAAGAUGUAUGAGAGUGAGAUAAUCAAGAAAGAAGAGAAUGAGGAGAAGGAGGAGAAGAAGAUUGAGAAAGAUGAGAUAAAUGAUGAUAAAGAUGCCAAGGAGUCUAGAAUGCACAAGCCCCAGUCUGUAUUAUCAUCUGGUACUUUUCAACUUUACAAAGAAGAUGAUGAUGAUGAUAAUGAAGAACAUCUUAAACCUGCUAAAUCAACACUUUCCAUCCAAUCUGAGCAUCAAUAUGCAUCCCCACAAUUCCGAAGUAUGGUUGGAUUGGACAGAUUGGAUGCUCUGGGUAGCCUGGAGAAUAUUAUAAAUGAGAAUCCAGCACUAUUAAACAACUACAGGCAGAAGGUUGAAGAAGAGCUUGAUGAUGAGCUGAGAGCCUACGGGUUGGAUCCCAGGGUAAACAGGUUGACCCAAACCCAGCUCAACCAAGCCAAAGUAAAGGUCAAGACACGACGAAGAAGUCUUCCUAAUGCUGGAGAGCUUCAAUGCCUCCGAGCCCAGUGCAGGGAAGAGGUUGAUCGUCUCGCCACUCAAUCUAACAUGAGGCGCGGAGCGUUCAGGAGAAAAAUCUCAUCCUUCAGGAAGAAAGUAUUCCAGGGGCUUAUGAACGUCAGGAGUAAGAGGACAGGUGGAAAAAAACGGACUGCUCCGCCUCUUCCUUCUCAUCCUUCUCAACCUUCUAAUCCUUCUCGUUCUUUGAUUUCAUCUCAUCCUUCUCAACUUUCACAAUCUUCUCAUCCUUCUUAUCCUUCUCGUCCUUCUCGUUCUUCCCCUUCCUAUCAUCCUUCUCAUCCUUCUCGUUCUUCUCUUUCUUCUCAUACUUCUCAUCCGUCUCAUCCUUCUCAUCCUUCUCAUCUUUCUCAUCUUUCUCAUCCUUCCCAUGUUUCUCGUCCUUUUCAUCCUUCUCAUCCUUCUAAUCCUUCUCCUUCCUUUAAUCCUUCUCACACCUCUCAUUCUUCUAAUUUCCCUAAAACGACUCAUCCUAAUCUAACGUCUCGUCCCCAAGAUCAAUAUCUCCCUUCCCAACCUUCUCCAGCUUCACUGUCCAUCCAGGAUCCCAUCCUGUCCUUCUUGGCACGUGGAGAAGUUGGGACGGAGAAGGCUGAAAACCUUUAUGUUGGAACACCCAGAGAAGAAACAUCCUCCGAUGAAGGCAGUUCGUUUACUUACAAUCCGGAGAAGGAUGAAGGAUCAAGGUCGGAUCCAGGACGGAUAGUUAAUCCUAGAGUCUCGUUGGUUCAGUGUAGAGAACACCCGGAGAGGAUUAUGCCACCUCGUCCAGUCCCUAGAACAUCUUUACUUGUCAAGGUUCAUGUUCAAACCCCACAGGAACAGCAGAGCUCUGAUAUAUCAGAAGAUGAAGAAGAGGAGGAUGAGCAUGAGGAUGAAAUUGAGGAUGAGGAUGAAGAUGAGGAUGAAGAUGAGGAGGUGGAAGAGGAUGAGAAUGAGAAUGAGGAGAGAUUAGUGGAGUCUAUUAAACCUCCGAAAUCAAUAAGAAGUGUGGUUUCGAAGCCCAGUAUUCAGGAUAGAUUUAGCCUCGAUGAGAGUGAAAUAGAAGACUCAGAUCACCUUGGGAAGGAUGACGAUUCUGAAUCCUUUCAGAAAUUUGAAGAUGAAUUAAAAGAAUAUCUGGAGACUGAAUUCAAAAUGGAAGAAGAAGAAGAUUCAAAAGAAGAAGAAGAGAGAACAGGAAAUCAUAGAAAGGAAAUGAUUAACAGUAAAGAGAAGAAAAUGGAGGAAGAGAUAAAAAGAAAGGAAAACCUAAGAAGAAAGGAAGAACUAAGAAGAAAAGAAGAACUAAUGAGAAAGGAAGAAUUGAGGAUAGAGGACGAAGAACUUAGAACAGAGGAUGAACAAAACUCAGAGUGGGAAUCAGAAAGUGAUACAGAUUAUGAGAAGAGGAGUGAAACUAGAAACAAGGAUGAUGAUGAGGAUGAGGAUGAGUAUGAAGAGCUUCUCCAAGAAGAGAUUAGAUUAAGGAAACCAGCUCCAGGUUCAAAGAUAGCAGAUCUCACAAAUAUUAUCGAAGCACAGUUGAGAAGACGACCUGUCAGCGUACCUGUGGGAGGACUUGACCCCCUUCAGAUCAUUGAUAAACUAAAUAAUGAUGAAACUCGUGCACAAUCCGUUCUGGACGAGCGUGCACAAUCCUCCCUGGGAGAGCGUGCACAAUCCGCCCUGGGAGAACGCGCGCAGUCUAGUCUUGGAGAACGCGCGCAGUCGGGUCUUGGAGAGCGUGCACUAUCUGGAACAGAUAUGUCGAGCAACACCCUUGGGACCAGUUUAUGGGCAGAUAAUGGCGUUUGGGUUAGCAGACCUGGAUCUGCUGUUAGCAGACCUGAAUCUACAUGUUAGCAGACCUGGAUCUACACGUUAGCAGACCUGGAUCUGCUGUUAGAAGACCUGGGUUAGCAGGCCUGGAUCUGCCGUUAGCAGACCUGAUCUGCUGUUAGCAGACCUGGAUCUGCUGUUAGCAGACCUGGAUCUGCUGUUAGCCAACAAUCUGUUAAUGUUACCGGAGUCUAAGUCGUAAUAAAUGUUUAAUUUCAGUGAAA